UAAUUAUUAAUUUUUUGAUGUCGGCAAUCGGCAUCCGCAUGUGGCAUUCACGCAUUGUUUUUAAUAAAUUUCUGUUAUAUAGUCUACUAUUUUUAGAGUAUAGAACUGAGUGGUGUGUACCAGUGCACUGAUUGACGUCGGACGUAUAAAAUAUUAUUAACCAUUUCGCUUGUCAAAAAUGGAUUUAAAAGAAAUAGAACCAGAAAAUGAAGUCAAUGAAGAUCCUUCAGGACCAGAGUUACCAAAAUUAGCUCGAAAGAAACCUAGAGGAUUACUUAGACAAGAAAAGUUAAAAGACUUAAAAAAUAAAAAAAAAAUUCAAAAAAGAGAUAGAAAACUUAGAAAAGCUAGUGGUGAUCCCAAGCAAGUGCCUCGAACAAUCGAAAACACCAGGGAACCAGAUUCAACAGUAUUCCACUCCGAUGAUGAAGAUUAUGAUCAAAAAACACAAGAUCUAGCAGCUGAAUUUGAACAUGAUGAAUUUGCUGAUUAUUAUUCAGACCUUUAUAAACCUAAAGUGUUGAUUACAUACAAGGAAAAACCUCUGAGGAAGGUAAGAGAAUUCGGUAAAAUUUUAACUGAAAUUGUACCUAAUUCUGUUAGAAUUUUUCGUCGUGACGCUUCUGUAAAAGAAACAAUUCAAGCUGCUAUUAAUAAAGGAUAUACAGAUUUAAUAAUCAUAAAUGAGGACCGUAAUGAACCUAAUGGUUUAAUUCUUGUACAUUUACCUGAGGGACCAACAGCAUAUUUUCGUUUAAGUAAUGUUAUAUUUCCAAACAAAAGGCAACGCAAAGAAUUUACUGACCAUAGGCCAGAAGUAAUCACUACAAAUUUUACCACAGGAUUAGGUAAAACUGUAGCUCGUAUGUUAGGUGCAGUGUUUCAUCAAGACGCAGAAUUUAAAGGCAGACAUGUUGUGACAAUGCAUAAUCAGAGAGAUUACAUAUUUUUCCGGCAUCACAGAUAUAAGUUUUUAAAAAAUAAACCAUAUCUCAGAGAAUUGGGACCUAAGUUUACAUUGAGAUUGCAAUAUCUUCAAGAGGGUUUAUACGAUCCAAAAUGUGGUGAAUACAGGUGGAUAAUGACUGAUAAAAGACAUAAAAUUGAAACAAGUCGAAGAAGAUUUUUUUUGUAAUUUGUGUUCUUUUUUAAAUAAAAAUGUAUCAAUUAGCUACAUACUUACA